CGGCACUGCUCGCUUUACACGCCGGCUGUCAGGUGCGGGCUGAGGAACCGCGAGGGUCGGUGAGCGCGCCGGUCGGCAGGUGACUCUCGGGGCGCCCCGCCAUGGGACCGCAGGACUCGGUGUUGGAGGAGCUGAAGCGGCGGGCGUGCGAGAGCGUGGAGCUGAACGCGGCGCGGCUGGGCGAGCUGAGCCGCAGCAUCUGGCGGCGGCCCGAGCUGGCCUACCAGGAGCACCACGCGCACGACGCCAUGACCGGUUUUUUCUCUGGCGGGGAGCUGCCGGGCGCCGCCUGGGCCGUGCGGCCCCGCUACAAGCUGGACACGGCCUUCCGAGCCGAGUGGGGCACGGCCGACCCCCCGCGGGGUCCCCGUCCGCUCCACGUCGCCUUCCUGUGCGAGUACGACGCGCUGCCCGGCAUCGGCCACGCGUGCGGCCACAACCUCAUCGCCGAGGUGGGGGCGGCCGCCGCGCUGGGUCUCAAGGCCGCCCUGGAGAGCCUGCCGCAGCCCGCGCCCGUCGCCGUGCAGGUCACGGUGCUGGGCACCCCCGCCGAGGAGCAGGGAGGAGGCAAGAUCGACCUGAUCAACGCCGGGGCGUUUGACGGCUUGGACGUGGUCUUCAUGGCUCACCCCUCGCAGGAAAACGCGGCUUAUCUGCCCGAUGUGGCUGAGCACGACGUGACUGUGAAAUACUAUGGAAAAGCUUCUCAUGCUGCUGCUUAUCCUUGGGAAGGAGUUAAUGCAUUAGAUGCUGCUGUUCUUGCAUACAACAAUCUGUCUGUUUUAAGACAGCAAAUGAAACCCACCUGGAGAGUUCAUGGUGUUAUAAAAAAUGGUGGUGUGAAACCUAAUAUCAUUCCUUCUUACACUGAAAUGGAGUUUUACUUGCGCGCCCCUUCAAUUAAAGAUCUUUCUGUUCUGACAGAGAAGGUUGAGGACUGCUUCAAAGCUGCAGCACUGGCCACAGGAUGCAAAGUGGAAAUAAAAGGGGGUAAAAAUGAUUACUACAAUGUGCUUCCAAAUAAAAGUCUGCAGAAGAUUUACAAGGAGAAUGGAAAGAAGCUUGGAAUAGAAUUUAUAUCAGAAGACUGCGUUUUGAAUGGUUUGUCAGGUUCCACAGAUUUUGGAAAUGUUACCUUUGUAGUCCCUGGGCUUCAUCCUUAUUUUUAUAUUGGUUCUGAUGCCUUGAAUCACACUGAGCAAUACACAGAAGCUGCAGGCUCACAGAAUGCCCAGUUCUAUGCUUUGCGCACAGCAAAAGCUUUGGCUAUGACAGCAUUGGAUGUCAUUUUCAAUCCAGAUCUACUUGAACAAGUUAGAGAAGACUUCAGACAAAUGAAGCUGAAAGAAGAGGGACAUCUAAAUCAAGCAGAAACUGACAGAAAGCCUGGUGCUGGUAUAGGAGCAUGUGCCUCACGCUAAACCUUAUUAAACCUCUCUCAGUAGGGUUGAUUCAAUGGGGACACUUUGAAUGUCAGUCAGGCCUGGGGUAGACAAGUAGCUGAAGAAACACUGACUUGAGGAGAAUCAAAUAAUAACAUUGCUUUUAAAAAUGCACACUUUCCUGUAGCUGUAAUAUUUGCUGUACUCAGUAUGGUGGUGAAUUUCGGAGAGACCUCAGAUACGUUGUGUGCAAGUUGAGUAAAUGGUAGCAUUUAGAUCUCUUAAGAGAUUCUCUUUUGCUAUUGAGGUAUCCCUUAUGGAGCAUACAGCACUUACAUGGAAACUUCUGAAAUAAGCAUUAUUCACUCUGAUCACAGGCUGAUUCUGACCUACAAGGCCAGUUCCCUUGUCUUGGAACAAGGCAAACUUAAAACCUGAGAUGAUUUCACUGGAGGGAAGGAAUAUUUGGAAACAGGCCUGUUUUUGAUGGUAGCAGCUUCUAGCAGUGGAAGAGAACUGUUUAUGUAGAGACAAGACCUGUUAAGUUUGACUGUUCUGAAAUGUACUGACCAUCCUUCUGAUAAAUUUUAGAGGUGUUAUUUAGUCCUCCAAAAAAAAAAAACCCAAAAA